CUCUGUCAAAAGACGCGUCUUUCCCAACUUCCCACCAUCGUCCGCCCUCCCAUCUUCCCAUGGCAUCCGACUCCCGCCCGCCACCGCCACCAUGGACGCGACGGGGACCAUUGUUGAUGUCGUCAAGGCGGGGCCUAUCAAAGCUGUCCUCGACGUGGUCACUUGUGGUCCAGUUGGAGUGCUUUUGGAGACCGUCAAGUGUGGGGUCCGCAUUCAGCAAACCGUGGAACUUGCUCAGCGCAACAGCCGUCGUUUUAAGCGCCUCGCGGACCGGGUUCAACUUUGCGUCCGCACUAUCGAACCUAGGCAAGGAUGCAGGACUUUAUACCAGCAACGAGGUUCUACAACGGCACGUGAAGGCGCUUUCAGUCCUUUUCUUAGAGAUCGAGCGCCAUCUGAGAACGAAGACUACUGGUCCGGGACGAUUCUUCAAAGACAUCAUGGCGGCCGCCUCGAUCGAUCAGGAAAUCGUAGAUUUCAAUAGCGAUUUAACGAACCUCCACUCCAGCCUGUUAGUCAGCCUGAACGUUAACAUUGUCGAGGUGAUGGGCACAUCGGAUGACGUGGCAAGGCAGGAUGAAGCAGAUGCGAAAGCGGAUCAGGACGAGUACAGGAGGUUCCUUGAGGACCUCAUGCAAAAUCAGCAGAAGAUGCUUCUGGCCAUGGAGUUGCAGCAAAUUCUUGGACGCAAUGCUGGCUCUCAAAAAAGUGGAGUCCAAGCUGAAAGAAGAGACCGAGAAAAAGUUUGAGAAGAAUUCGUAUGGACUUCUCGCGUCUCUGUGUGGGAAUGUUGGCCCUGACGUUGUUCCAGACUGGGCUAUCACGACGUGGGAGGUGGAAGUCCAGGAUGAGAUUGCAAGAGGAGGGUUUGGGAGGGUUUCUCGGGGAGUCUGGCUUGGCCGUGGUCGUGAAGCAGCUUCUGGCCAACUGUGUUACA